AUGGCGUGUUUGAUACUUUGAAGUUUGUGACUUGCCAAAUUACUUCACGUUUUGGAUGUCAUUAGGUUACUUGAGAAGAUCCGGAGUGAAGAUUUCUGUUUUUACAGGAUGUAAUCUGCAUUUUCUGUCAUAAAUCAGGUUGUGUGGAAUUUUAUCAUCUGUGGCUUUACUAAGAUGAUUUCAGUGAUGUUUCCUCCAGGUUCUGAGGUUUCCUCCCGUCUCCCAGAAACGUACAGAUAAGGUGGACUGGAUAAAGAUAAAAGUGUCCUGAGUUGUUUGAGACGUCACAGUAAAGAAUUAGUGAUUCACUCCUGAACCUUUCUGACCUGCACCUCUGACGACCUGAAACGUUUCUGGACUGGACACAGGAAGAACAUUUCUUCUUAAGACAAAGGAUACAGGACUAUAACCAUGCUGCAGCAGAUUCUCAGCGACAUGUUCAUCGAGCCGGAGCUGCUGGCCGAGCUGAACGAAGAGCAGAAGCAGAUUCUCUUCUUUAAAAUGAGAGAAGAACAGGUCCGCAGGUGGAAAGAGAGAGAAGCACGGCUCGAGCAGGAGGCUAAAACGGUGAAGCCCAAAAGAGUCUCAGUGAAGACAGUAUCAUGGCUGAAAGCGUCAGACAGUGACGUGUGGGUGUGGGUGAUGGGUGAGCAUCCUGACGAUAAAUCGUAUGACCAGAUCUGUGAUGAGAUCAUGGCUGAGAGGGCGGCACUACAGGCCCAGAAAGAGGCAGAGGAUCUCAGAGCCAAGAAAGAAGCUGAACUGGAGAGACGGUUCUCUGGGUUGCAUAUAGAGGACGAGGAAGCUGCCCGGCAGGAAGAAGCUCGAAAGGCAGCUGCUCUGGAGAAGAGCCAACAAGAGGAGUUGAAGAGGCGGGAGGAGGAAGAGGAAAGACGAAAAGCCGAGGAGGAGGUCAGGAGGCUCAAGGAAGAAAGGGCGCAGCAGAUCUAUAUGAACCUGAAGGAAGUACAGAGACUACGGAAAGGCCAGGACAAAGAGGAGCAAGCCUGGCAGGAUUCAUUGCGGAAAUCUAAAGCAGCUGACCAACGGAGACGUUCUCUGGCCAAGCAAACGAGGGAGGAUCACCGCAGGCGUUCUCUAAAGGCACUGGAGAGAGGUCGAGUGGCGGCCAUGACCAAGGCCUUUGGAGGAGAGAAACCGGCUCCUCUACCUAAACCCAGAAACCUCACUCUCACUAAUGAGCCUCUUCACAGAGGGUCUGGUUUACGUCGUUCACUGUCCUCGUCCAGCCGGAAGGAAAUCAUCCGCUGGUUCAGAAAGGAACAGUUAUCCCAAAGAGUUUGUUUCCAAGACGGUGACAGCCGCAUCGCUUCCUGGUUUCAUGGUAUAAUCUCACGUCAAGAGGCUGAGGAUUUGCUGAGCAAGGGUAGCCCUGGAGGCUUCUUGGUCCGUGUUAGUGAAAGGAUCUUCGGAUAUGUUCUGUCUUACCAAAGCCCAGAUGGAGUCAAGCACUUCCUCAUUGAUGCUACAGACAACUGCUACAUGCUGCUAGGAGACCAGAUCAAGUUUGCGUCUCUGGGAGAGCUGGUGGAGUACCAUAAGGAAGAGCCCUUAACACCCUCUGGAGGUGAGCGGCUGCUGCAUGCGUGCGGACAGAAGCCUGGCACUCUGGACUAUGCCGAUCUCUUCACCUGAAGCCUGUAGCCCAGUGAGCCGUGGUGCAGUAGAACCAAACGCACAUCUCUGUUCUUAUGAGCUUUCUGCACAUACAAUCUACAAACGUGAAGGAUUGUAUAUUGAACAAAUCUGAAGCGGGUGGUUAUGAUGCAGUUCAUGUUACACAGGAACGAUUUAACCGUCCACCCAUGAACAAAUAAUCUUGCAAAAAAAAAAAUCUAUUUUUUCUCAGACGCCAUUUCAGAUAUGAAGGCACAAUAUGCACUUUUGAUAACGUGGUUGCAUUUUGAAGGAUUUAGUCGGUAUAAAGAUAAUCUGUACCACUCGUCUGUUCCACUUAUGAACUUGGCAGCUUACUUGAACACUGCCAGAGUAAUUUAAUAAAUUCUGUGGGGAGCAGUUUUCACUA